CCAUACGCUGUCCGUAUGAUUUCAUUUGGGGCAAAACUGACAUCUAAAUGUGUCAUCGAAAAAAAAAUAUUAUUGUAGCAGCUUCAUCCAUUAGUGAUUUGAAUCUUGGCAUUGUUGCACUGAUGGGUGGGUUUUGGUCGCCUGCAAGAUAACCAAGUCGACUUACGUUAUCAUCUUUUGAUUUGUCUUUCAAGCUCCAAACCUAUAGUGGCUCGAUUUACUUAAUAAUUCAUUUUUGAAGAAGGAGGCGACGGUCAUAUCGCAACGAUAGAACGGGUAGGAGGGAGGAGGAAGAGACCGUCAAGCUAGGGAGGAAGGAAGCGAGGAUCACGAAAGCACAGCGAGGAACAAAUGCCUCGACAUUUAUUUAAUCUUUGUCCAGCUUUUGGGUGAAAACAGACUGAAAUGAAGUGUCAAUUUGUGAUUAUAGAAAUCGCCUUUUUCGUAUAGGCUAUUCAGGCUCUUUAGAUUUGUGUGUGUAUGACGAACCAAACCUGAGGCGAAGGAAACGGGAAAGGCUACAGCAGAAGCAAAUUCAUCUCGAGAAGACAUCCAGUCUAUAGGAGCAAUGGUGGCCCUGCACUUAAAUUUGACGUUUUUUUGACAUCUGGAAAGAAGCUACCAAGAGGAAAACAAGAUAGAAACAACCAACGGGAAGAUCUGAAUACAUACUAAUUUAAUCAGUGUUUGCUUUUGUGAAGAAGAUCAAGGGGGACUUAGCUCGUCCCGUCUAAACAAUCCAGCCCAUAGUCGUUCGACGUGGGGAACAGCUGCCUCACAAGCAAGAUAAAAAAAAUACAGGUGGCUGAGUGGCCGAGGGUGAGCGAGUGGGCUUGGGGGAAUCCACCAUGAGUGAGCUGGAGCAGCUUCGGCAGGAGGCAGAGCAACUGAGGAACCAGAUCAGAGAUGCCAGGAAAGCAUGUGGGGACUCCACCCUUACCCAGAUAACUGCCGGUCUGGACCCGGUGGGGCGUAUUCAGAUGCGGACGAGGCGUACUCUUCGCGGCCACCUGGCGAAGAUCUAUGCCAUGCACUGGGGCACUGACUCAAGGCUGCUGGUCAGUGCAUCUCAAGAUGGGAAACUGAUCAUCUGGGACAGCUACACCACUAAUAAGAUGCAUGCCAUCCCCCUGCGCUCUUCCUGGGUGAUGACGUGUGCCUAUGCCCCCUCUGGGAACUUUGUAGCCUGUGGGGGGCUGGACAACAUCUGCUCCAUCUACAGCCUGAAGACCCGUGAGGGCAACGUCCGCGUGAGCCGAGAACUACCUGGCCAUACAGGUUACCUGUCCUGCUGUCGUUUCAUUGAUGACAAUCAAAUCAUCACAAGUUCAGGAGACACAACCUGUGCAUUGUGGGAUAUCGAGACCGGGCAGCAGACCACCGUUUUCUCCGGCCACAGCGGAGACGUCAUGAGCCUGUCCCUGGCCCCGGACUCCCGUAUGUUCAUCUCGGGAGCGUGUGACGCCUCCAUCAAGCUCUGGGACAUCCGCGACAGCAUGUGCAGACAGACUUUCACUGGUCACGAAUCAGACAUCAACGCUGUCUGCUUCUUCCCGAGCGGCAGCGCGUUUGCCACCGGCUCCGACGACGCCACCUGCCGCCUGUUUGACCUGCGUGCCGACCAGGAGCUCGGCCUCUACUCCCACGACAACAUCAUCUGCGGCAUCACCUCCGUGGCCUUCUCCCGCUCCGGGCGCCUGUUGCUCGCCGGCUACGACGACUUCAACUGCAACAUCUGGGACGCCAUGAAGGGCGACCGACCAGGUGUGUUGGCGGGUCACGACAAUCGCGUCAGUUGUCUGGGUGUUACGGAAGAUGGUAUGGCAGUGAGCACUGGAUCUUGGGAUAGCUUCCUCAAGAUUUGGAACUGACCUCAGACACACUCCGACACACACAUGCACACACACACACGUAACUACUUUCACUCAGACUGUCUCUCCAUCUUUUUCUCUGUUUCCUUUCUAUAACACACACACACACACACACACACACACACACACACACACACACACAUGCACGCACACGCACGCCCGCACGCACUCUGUUGUACUCACAAAACGGUCCUACAGUAUUCCUACUUUACACACUGCAGUGCACACAUUGCACUCUGGAUGCACACUGUAUUGUAUAUAAGGUGUACACACACAUGCACAUCCAAACAUAUGGAAGGUCAUUGUAAAUAUUAAUUACAUUUAGGUAUGAGUUUACAUACCCGAUAAUAUACAUGUCACAAGCAAUUCUUCUUGAUGCCAAUCAGAAUGUAUGCAGAUUUACCCACUUGAAGUAUACACAAAUGAUCACAUAUUACUACUCUGUAAAUGUCUGUACUGACAAACACUUUACAAUGCAUACUACAUCUUACACUGAAUCACAAAGUGACCAAAACAGCUUCUACAUAAAAGGAAGUGUUUGGUAAGCUGGUAGAUGCUUUAUGAACUCCUGGUAUGACCAGUAUUUCUUUCUCUUUCCAAUUUGCUUUCCUUUUCUCUCUCUCUCUCUCUCUCUCUCUCUCCUCUUUCUCUCCCACUCUCGCACACACACACAUUUUCAAAGACAGACAGACAGACAGACAGACACACACACACACACGCACACACACACAUACACCUGCUUGUUUAAAGGACACCCUCUCGGAAGCUCACAAGAGACCUCAAGGGACUACUUGAAAUAGUUCCUUGUCACAUCUUUGAUUUUGUUGCAUAUCCCUACCAUUCUGUAAACACAAUGAUCUGAACCGAGGAGAAUGGCGUCCACUGCCUCUACUGAAGCAGAGGACCGAGAGAAGUCCAAAACCCCAAAACACUGCCAAAUAUCUCAGCUGACUUACAUGGCCAUUUCUGUUGUAAACGUUUUUAUAGAUAAUGUACACCUGACCUGCAUAUAUAUAUAAGUAAUAUAUGAUAGUUUUUGUUUCGAUGGUUUUAAUUUUUGUUUUAUUUUUUAUGCUUAUUUUAUUCAUUUUCCUGUGUGCCUCAUAUACACUGUAAAGAUGAAAGCGGUAAAUAGAAAAGAACUAAAAACACCAAAUAUCUAAAGUAACAGUCCCUUGGUACUCUGACGGAAUGACAUGGCAUUUACACACAAGAACUCCAUGUACUGACACAUUUUUGGCAACCCAGUACAACCGUCAAUGGUUCAUAAUAUAUUGAAUGUCACAGGUCUAAGGGAACUGUUGAAAUCGCUGACCAUGUUAUAUUUCAGAAUGUACUGCAUUUUCAAAUUGUUUUCAUUUGCAAGUAACACUUCGGUAACAAUUCACUGCACUGUCUUUAUUAAAAAUGUAUAUCAAUGUUCA